AUGUUGUAUACAGGGAAAGACGGCCAUAAGACAACAUACAAGCGAGAAUGGUUGAUUGAAAAUAGUUACUGUGACAAAAGAAGUGAAAUGGUUACACCCACGUAUUGGAGUUCAAAUCAGAUGAAGAAUAAGUUCCCCGUGAUGAACUACAACGAUCAUAAUACUGAAAAUGGUUUAAAAUCAUCUAUAAAGAAUUUGUUACGAUAUGGUUUUACAGUUGUUGAUGGGGUUCCAUUGUCAAAACAAGAUACUAAAAAUGUAGCAGAGAGAAUAUGUUUUAUAUUAGAUACAGUUUUUGGUAAACUUUGGAGUUUUACAUCUGACGGUGAAAGAGCCGAUACAGCGUACACUAAUGACGGUAUCGGUGCUCAUACUGAUACUUCAUAUUUUACUAAUCCAGCAGGAGUUCAGUUUCUACAUUGUUUAGAACAUACCGGUGAAGGUGGUAGUACAUUAUUAGUUGAUGGUCAUAAUGCUGCUUACCAAGUAUUAGAUGAAUCGCCCGAAGACUUCAAUAUACUAACAGAGACUAUCGUACCUCAUGAAUAUAUAGAUAAAAAACUAAAAGAUCAUUAUUAUAGUACUGGUACUGUUCUCUCAUUAUGUCCUUUAACUAAAAAACUCCAGAAUAUCAGGUUUAACAGAUAUGAUAUGGCACCAUUAAUUACUAUACCACCAGAAAAAAUAAAUAAAUUCUAUACAGCAUAUAACAGACUCGAGUCCAGAAUUAUCUGUUCCUCCAAUGAACUUUGGUUCCAACUUCAACCUGGUAUGGUGUUAUUUUUUGACAACUGGCGUUUACUUCAUGGUCGUUCAGGAUUUACUGGUAGAAGAGAAAUGUGUGGUGGCUAUCUGGGUAAAGAUGAUCUAUCCAGUGUUCAUCGUAGAUUUCAUUUACUGUAGACAGACCUUACUAUCAUGUUAAUUAGUAUAUAAUUUUUGCCAGUAAGCUAACACAGGAAAAAAAUUGGCCGAAUCAACCCUGUUACAUUGGGUAAAAAAAAAUACUUUACAAUACAUUGCAUGUAACUUUAGCACUGUUUGCAGCAAAGAAGAGAGAGUAGUCCAUUAUUGUCUUUUUGAAUAUUGAUAAACACUUUAUGGAUUCUAAAAGAAAUAAAUCCUCAGCCUUCCAAUUGAAUUUUGGGCUCCCAUGUUUGUCCCAUAACAGUAUUUAAGAAACCCCAGAGAAUACUCUGGAAUGCUAAUUAUCUACAACACAUAAAAAGGACAAGCAAGUGAAAAAUAAAUUUCCAACCCUAGCCAUCAAGUGUUUAAUAAUUGAAUUAAAAUAAAUGAAGAUCAAGAUUUGUAAUUAUCACACUCAACAGUUGAUAUUUUAUUUACAUUAUUUAUUGUUUACCAACAAAUCUAACAAUAGACUGCUGGUAAAAUAAAUAAAACAUAUAAUUUAAGUAGUAUUUAUGAAAUAUUGUACACUCGCUGAGAUAUAUUAUCAUGAAAACUAAUGUUAAUAAAUAUGCACUGACUGAUAUGUACUAGCUAUAAGCUGAAGGUUGAACGCGUGUGUGGUGUUUAAGUCCAAGGUUAAAUUCUACCCCAUGAUAUAUUUGGAUCUAAUUUAGAAUUCAUGUCUGAUUGGAUAAUAACCUUUGAGCUGAACACCAUACAUGAAUUCAUUCUCAUUUAACUUAGACUUAGGUUUAUUCUUUUAUUCUUCAUAUAAAAUUCAAAUCAUCUUGAACCAUCUUUACUCUUAUCAUUGUAAGUUGUUUUAAAUUCUAAAUGAAAAAUUUAGAGCAUGAAUGUUAUAAGUCAUUGCACUAGUUUAAUUAUCAUAUCUAACCUUUAUUCAGAUUUAAAAUAAACCUGGAAUAACUUCUUACUUUGCAUUUAAGACUAUAAGAGAUCAGGCUUGAAAUGACCGAGAGAACACUUGUCAUAAACGAAUCUUGCACAAACUUUCUAUUAAGCAGUAACAUAAGUUAAAGUUGGAUACUGUUUUCAAGAGUAAAAGAAUAAACAAUAAGUUAUUAGUAAUUGACUAUUGAAAGCUUUAGCACCAGGUGAUAUAAUAUAGGCUUAUAAUAAAAUAUUGCAAAUACUUACAAAUUCUGUUCUAAUAACAGACAAACAAACAAGGAGCUAAGAUUAAAGUUUGGAAGCACUAAUAUCAACUGUAAUGACUUAAUCAAGCUGUGUUUUUG